UAGCUUUAGCUUUAGCCUGAAUAGUUCUAGAACUUUUACCCACAAAUCCUAGCGCGCUCAAAAUGGACGAACUGACGGUCGAGGUUCGCGGCUCCAAUGGAGCUUAUUAUAAGGGCUUCGUCAAAGAUGUUCAUGACGACUCGCUCACUAUCUCGUUUGAAAACAAUUGGCAGCCAGAGAAACAGGUCCCGUUCAGUGGGGUGCGCUUGCCUCCUCCUGCUGACAUGAAGAAGGAGAUCGGUGAGGGAGAUGAAGUGGAGAUUUACUCGAGGGCGAACGAGCAGGAACCGUCUGGCUGGUGGCUCGCCAAAGUCCGCAUGAUGAAAGGAGAUUUCUACGUGAUCGAGUACGCAGCCUGUGACGCAACGUACAACGAGAUUGUCACGUUCGAGCGUCUGCGACCGGUGAAUCCGAACAAAGCCGUGACGAAAAACACCUUCUAUAAGUGCACUGUUCCUGUUCCUGAUGAUCUGAAGGCUGCCUGUGAGAACGAGCUCGCUCAUAAGGACUUUAAGAAGUCUGUAGGAGCGAGCAGGAUUGUUUACAAACCUGAAACCGGCGAGUUGCUCGUUCUGUCUGUAAACGAGGUGACAGUGAAGAGAGUUUCUCUCCUGAGCGACAUGCACUUGAGGAGCAUCCGCACUAAGCUCAUGCUCGUGUACAGGAACGAGGAGGCCACAAAGCACUUAGAGUGCACGAAGCAGCUAGCGUCCGCUUUCCAGGAGGAGUUCACGGUGCGAGAGGAUCUGAUGGGUCUCGCCAUCGGCAGCCACGGCACAAACAUCCAGCAGGCGCGGAAAAUUCCCGGAGUGACGGCCAUCGAGCUGGACGAAGAGAGCAGCACGUUCAGGGUUUACGGAGAGACCGUUGAAGCCGUCCAGAAAGCAAGGAGCUGCCUGGAGUUCCUGGAAGAGUCGGUACAAAUUCCCAGAAAUCUUGUUGGCAAGGUGAUUGGUAAAAAUGGCAAAGUCAUUCAGGAGAUUGUGGAUAAAUCCGGCGUAGUGAGAGUGCGGGUCGAAGGAGACAACGACAACAACCUUCCCAGACAAGAGGGAAUGGUGCCGUUCACGUUUGUUGGCACAAAAGAGAGCAUUGGAAAUGUUCAAGUCCUUCUGGAAUACCACAUCGCUUACCUGAAUGAGGUGGAGCAGUUGAGGUUGGAGCGACUGCAGAUUGACGAGCAGCUCCGUCAGAUCGGUUCGGGGUUCCGGCCCGUUCCGGCACGUUCCGCUGAGAAAGACAAAGAGAAGAGCGACAGGAGGGACGAAAACGUCUCUGCAGUAUCGCUGCACUCGGGGCGCUCCUACACAGGCCGGGGACGUGCGCGCAGGACCGACAACCACAACUCGGCUUACGGAAUGAACUCUGAGCACUCGUACACCUCGGAGGCGGAUUCUGAGCGGAGAGACGAGCUGAGUGAAUUCUCGGUAAGAGAAGACGAGGAUGAGCGCGGUGUCCAGCCCAGAGACAGCAGGAGGAGAGCAGCAGCAGUCAGAGGUCGCGGUAGUUUAGGAGUCAGAGGUCGCGGGGCUGGAAGAGCGCCAGGGAGCACCAUGAGCUCAGUUCUGAAGGAUCCAGACCGGAACCCGUACAGUAUUUUGGACACCUCUGAGUCGGAUCAGACUGCUGAUGCAGAAGCGAGCGAGUGUGAACAGAGUUCUCGGAGCCGACGCGCGCGCCGAAGACGCCCUAAAUCUGACGACAGCACAUCACUCAGUGAGAAUGGUCUCGAUGAGCCUGAAAUUAAGCCUCCACGGCAAAACCACAGCCGCCGCCGCCGUGUUCGGCCUCCAGAAGAGAGACAGCCAGUCACCGUGGCUGAUUACAUAUCACGAGCUGAAUCCCACAGCAGGCAGAGAACGCCACGAGACCUGAAGAAGAAUAAAAAGGACUUGGAUCAGGUGGACGUGAUAUCUGAGCACAGCGUGUCCAAACAACUCGCUAACGGUCCCGAUGCUAACACUGAAGAGCAAAAAAAGGCAAUUCCCACCAAGCCAAGCGUCGUUAACGGACUCUCCCAAACGUCCUGAUCUGUUCCUGUAUUCUUUCUUCAAACAGUCGUAACCUUUACACUUUUCUAAUUGUGCUUGUACGAGCUCGCCAAAGAUAGACACACAGAUACAAACACACAUGGACUUCCAGAUUCUUCUCUCUGCUGCACUUUUCUGUUCCUUCACCGUGGAUCAGGUACGAAGGGAGAACAAUAAACACAUAAGGAGCCCUGAAGUGCGAUGCAUUAUUAGCUUUUUUUUUCUGUCCAUUUAUCUUUAACAUGAAGGCUAAAUACAUAUCUCUGUAAUGUUCUUUAUGAACGUCAUCACUCCAGACCUGCCCACCUUUACGCAUUUUGCAUCGGAGCGCUGUAUGAGUUGACCGAUAUUUUAAUCUGCAGUGAUUGACAGUUUUUUGAUCUUGUCAAUACUAACCAGCCCCCAGCAGCAUCUCACAUUAAUAAUCUCUUUACUCGACUCUUAUUUUCCCACCGAUGUGUCAUUUAAAUCUUUCAGUGUGUUCCAAUUAGCUAACAUCUGUUUUUGAGAUUUAUUUGGGAUACCGCAGAUUGUUUCCUGUGGAUAGUCAAAAACAACACUUUUUUUUUUCCCCAAAAGAGAAAAAAGUGUCAAACACCUUAUACAAAUACCUUUAACAGAAUUAGAAGUUGCUUUAAAAUUUUUCUUUUCUCCUGCACUGUCAGCACUAGAGCGUUCACACCGAGCAAUCUAUUCCAUCACCAUAGAAACUGGAGUGUGUGUGUAUAUAUAUUUAUAGUGAGUUUUAGUUAUUAAGUGGACACUAGAAAAGUUUACAUACACUUUUUUAAAUCUAUUGUUGUAUAUAACAUCUCUUUUCCUAUAAUAUGAAGAAAGAAAUAAUUCAUGUAAACUUUUCUAGUGUUUAAAACGCGUCUUCCCCCCAAGCUGCUGGAGGAUAAAUCUUGUUAUAUACACUGUUUCUAGUUAAGCCUAACAAUUUGUGAAAGGGUGAUAGACCGAUAAUGUGCUGUGCUUUUUACUGCAUUUAUUCAGGGCUGGCAGGUACUGCAUUUCUGGAAAGUUCUCGUGAUCUCAGUGUUCCUGUUUUUCCAAAGUAUUCACAUCUUUUUACGUCCUUUUUCUUUUUUUUUUGACCGACAAACCUCAGAGAUGUUGUCAUUUUGACAUGAUGAUAAUGGGACAGAAGAAAGUAUAGUGCGUGACCUUUCUGGGCUUCAUUACAGACAAAAUUAAUAGAAAAAAAAUAGAAAAAAUGUCUGUAAGGUUUGAAGUAAACAAUUAGAUGUUGUGCCUUCAGAGAGUAGCGUCACUGGCUGGCUGUAGGCCAAAAUAAAACCAGAGAGGAGAAUUAGCUGCUUUUUCUUUUAAAUAUGCAACCAAUUUCGUAUUAGGCAUGUGCCGAUAUAUGAUAUAACAUCCAGCACUGAGAUAAUGAAUUUAGAAAUCAGAUGCCUACGUAAGGUGGACUGUCUAAUUUAGAACACAAGCACAGAUCUCAGCUAAGACCCAGGAUUCAGGACAAAUCUUAAAGAAUGCCUCAACUGUGUUCAAUAAAGACAGAACUGAUGCUAAUCUUUCAGUAAUAUUGUGACUAGAAUUAGAAAAUGAGGCAGUUCCUAUGAAAGGAAAGCAUCAUAUUGGCACAUGCCUGUUCCAUACAGUGAUUUAGGAAAUGCAGUCAGAAAAAUAAAGGAUGUUUUUGCACUGAAUAGUAAUUUCUGUCCCUUUAGAAAAAUGUUAGCAUAGACAUCUGGUCUGUUACUGUCGUGGUAAAAACGCUCUACGUGACCUGAAAAGCCGGACUGACUUCAGCGAAAAGAGCCUCGCUUUGAUUUAUUUAUUAAAAUGUACAGUAUUUAAUCAAGAAAUGCAGAAGGAAUUCUUCUAACACUAAAUCGGCCACCUGAACAUUGCACGCAGGAGAUAAAUUGGACUACUGAGAGAUCAACUUCCAGAUUUUCUGUUCUGUAAACUUUUUUUUAAUCAUACUGGUUGUUUAAUGUGCAAUAUGUUUUGUAUGCAGUUAGUUCUUAAAUAAACUUUGAUCUUCCAAAUAA